AUGGAUGAAAACACUGACGCCGAGAGAACACCGAGAUGGGGAAAAGGAUGUGUAAGUAUGCUGCAGGACGGACGUUAUCGGGUGCUGCAGGCAAGGUAUUACUUUUGUUCAUGCAGGGAAGAUGGGGAGUUGGAGGAAGGUGAGCUCGAAGAUGAUGGUGUUGAGGAGGAACCUCAGGAUACAUCUGAAUCUCAGGAGAAAAGCAAAAAAGAAAAACAGAGUGACACAGAUGAAGAUAAAGCCCACAAAAGAAUGAAGAGGAAAAGGAAACGAGAGAAGGAGAGAGAGAAAGAAAAGAGACGAUCAAAAAAGAGACGGAAAGCUAAGCACAGACGCCAUGCAACAUCAAGUGAAGAUUACUCUGAGUACAGUGAUGAUGAGUCGGAUUACAGUCCCACUGAAAAGGGACACAGAAAGUACAGAGAGUAUAGUCCUACAUACCCACUGCCUCAUCAGCAGUAUCCACCAGCACAUGGAGUCUCCAUGCCCAAAAAAGGUUAUGGAAAGCUGGACUCCAAAAGUUACAGUGGAUAUGAUGAGUAUGAUGAUGACCAGUAUGGAGAGUAUGAGGGAGGGGAAGAUGACGAUACGGGGAAAGAAGACUAUGAUGACUUUACAAAAGAGCUGAAUCAGUACAGGAAGGCUAAAGAAGGCACAAACAGAGGGAGGGGUGUAAGAGGACGAAGUCUCAGAGGUCGUGGAGGCAGAGGCAGUAUGAGAGAACGAGGAGGAAGAGGUAGCAUGGGAAGAGGAAGCAGAGGUGGUAGAGGGCGCGGAAAAGGUUCAGUGGGAGGCGAACCCAUGGAUGCUGAUGACAGCAUGUAUGAUGAAGAUGCAGAGGUUAUGGAGCCCAAAGAUGAAAAUGAUGAUGACAUGGAUGAUGAUGAUUUUGAUGAUUAUUCCAAAGAACUAAAUCAGUAUAGGAAAUCUAAAGAAGGCCAUCAUCGUGGCAGGGGAGGUCCAAACCGUGGACUAAGGGGGCGAGUAAGAGGACGAGGAUCUAAAGGUUUGAUGAGAGGCAGAGGUGGAAGGGGAAGAGGUGGCAAAGGAGGCAGCAACAUGGACCAUGAAAAUGCAUAUGAUGAUGAGACAGAAGAUGGUAGUGGAAUGCAUGAUCGGCCUCACCAGCAGUCAUCUGACAAAAAAGGGAAAGUCAUUUGCAAAUACUUUAUUGAAGGAAGAUGUACUUGGGGAGAGCACUGUAAUUUUAGCCAUGACAUAGAUCUACCAAAGAGGAGAGAGCUGUGCAAGUUUUACGUUACUGGGUUUUGUGCUAGAGGAGAUAACUGUCCAUACAUGCAUAGUGACUUCCCUUGCAAGCUAUUUCAUACAACAGGAAAUUGCAGUACUGGAGAUAAGUGUAUAUUUUCUCAUGAACCACUUACUGAAGAAACACAGGAGCUGCUUAACAAGAUGCUAGCCGAAGAUGCUGAAGCUGGUGCAGAAGAUGAAAAAGAAGUAGAGGAGCUCAAAAAGCAAGGAAUCAGUCCUCUGCCUAAACCACCACCUGGAGUUGGCCUGUUACCAACACCACCACGCCAUCCUCCUCCUCCUCCACCACCACCGCCUCCACCACCUCCUCCCCCACCCCCGCCACCACCUCCACCACCUGCUUCAACUUCCCCGGGUAUUCCAAUUGGCCCCCCACCUCAAGGGCCACCAGCACCACCACCACCACCAAUGCCACCAGCGCAGCAGCAGCAACAGCAGCAAGGGCAGAAGAAAAUCCCUUCUUUAUUUGAAAUUGUUGUUCAGCCUACAGCACAUCUGGCUCAUAAACUUGGUGUGAGAUCCCAAGGACCUUCACCUCCUUCAUCUUCAUCUACACCUGCUCCCACUGCUCCACCUCCCCCUCGUUUCCCAGGACCACCUGGGCAAAUGGUUCCUGGUUCUGGGCCAGGAAUGAGGCCUCCUGGGCCAGGACCCAUGGGUCAUGAAAUACCAGCUGGGCCAGGAAUGAGCCCAGGUCCACCAAUGGGACCUGGACCACCACUGAUUGCAUUUGGUCCGGGAGAGACUCCUUACUCUGGAAUGAUGCCUGCUAUUCCACCAACGCAAGAAUUCUUUGACAACUUCUUUGAACAAGACCAAAAUGUUGAAGUGGAUACUACCAUGGUGGGUGAUGGAGGUAACUAUAGUGGUUAUGGGGAAGCCGAAGAGGAAACCAGCACACAUGAUUUUGUCAAAGAACCACAGGAGUCUGAUGCUUUGGCUGAGGAAGAAGCCUCUACCUUACAGAAGGUGGUUAAUAUCCCUGACUUCCUUCCAUCCACUCAAAGAGCUCUUUAUCUUCGAAUCCGUCAGAAGCAACAAGAGGAAGAGAAAGCACGAAGGCAAGCUGAAAGUAACAAGCAGGAAAAAGAAAAUGAGGAAGGUGAUACUGGAAAUUGGUAUUCUAGUGAUGAAGAGGAUGGUGGAAGCAGUGUGACAUCUAUAUUGAAAACACUUAGACAGCAAACCACUGGCAAAUCACAUCAGGUUCAUGGGGAAUCGAAUAACAGUGCUGCCAUACAGGGGCCAGGGGAUCCUCGUAAUCAGAAAGUUUACAAUACAGCAGGCGGCAGACCUGCUGAUCCUCGCCUUUCAAGAGAUCCUAGACUCGCUAGAAAUGCAGACAGUUCCAUUACAGACUCUUCUCCUUGUGAUCCCAGAUUGGCUCGUCACAUUCCCUCCCAGAAGCAAGAUAAUAUUCAUUCCACUGGUACUGCAACUGCUGCCACUCAGAAAACUGUAUCUGUUGUUGUUGAUGAUGAUGAAGGAGAAAGAGCUUUGAGAGAUAAGCCAGUCAAUAUCCCUUUAGAGCCACAGCCAGGACAUGCCUUGAGGGACCCUAGGUCACUGCUUCAGCAAUUUAGUCAUAUCAAAAAGGAUGUUGUCUUAAACAAACCUGGUUUUGCCAAAACUGUACUCUGGAGUCCAGAGGAUCUCAUCCCGCUGCCUGUUCCAAAGCAAGACUUUAUUCCCCUACCAGCCAACUUUCAACAGUCAUCCUCUCUUGAUCCUCGGUUAAAUCGUCCUCAGCAAACAGGGCCAUCUGAUCCACGGCAGCGAAGUACAGCUGUACCGCCUGAAUCUAGUGGAUCUACUUCAGCUAGCAACCUUCCCGAUUUUGAGUUGUUGUCUAGAAUACUUAAGACUGUCAGUGCAGGGUCAUCUUCAGGAGCUACACCACCUGAUAAACAAACUAAUCCUAGAACACGAAAACUUCCAGCUGAUCCUAGGCUUCAGAGGUCCUUGGAAAUAGUUAAUUCUAAAACUGUGAAGCUUGCAGAUGCUGCUUUGUCUCCCACAGGAAGCCCUGGGAAUGAUGCAACACCUGCCACAGCUCCCUAUGAUCCUAGACUGCUUACAGCUGGUGGACUGAGUAAAGGUGCUGCUCAAAGUAGUAUGCUGAGUGGUAUCAGUUUGUAUGACCCAAGAACUCAGAGCUCAAGUGUCAAGAGCACAGACUCUUCCAGUGAGGGAAGCAUGCAGCCUAAAGGACUGGACGUCAAUAAACCUAGUAAGCAAAAGGAGCCUCCUUUUGUACGAAAGUCUGCACUAGAUCACCCAGAAACUGAAAAACCAAGUUCAGACUCAACAACAGACCGCUAUAACAGCUACAACAGACCUCGCCCAAAGACUGUAGCAAGCCCUUCACAAGAGACUAUGCAGCCUGGUGUACACAAUCUCCCUGUUCCUUCUCUCUUUGGAAUAGUAAAGCAGACUACAAAACCAGGUUCUUCAAGCCCCUUUGCAGGUAACAGUCCAGCCCAAGAGACUGAGCAGGAUGCUGGGUCCUUAAAAGAUGUUUUUAAAGGAUUUGAUCCUACAGCAUCCCCAUUCUGUCAAUAGUAUUAUUAGAACUUUUGUUAUGUAUCAUAUUUAAUAGCACAGUGUUGAUAACCAUUUUUAUGUCAGUGCUUAUGUUAAAUCUUUAACCUUGUAUAUAAGUUCAUGUUCCAAAUGUCAGUGUAUUAAAUAUAUUUAAUUUUGUAUUUUGUAAUGAUUUAUCAUUUGUCAUUUUGUGGUUACAAUUUUUUAAACCUGUUCACAAACAGACUUUUUAGUCUUGCUAUGUUGCAGUCACCAUUCAGUUCAAAAUCAUUGUAAACAAAAUGUUAUAAGUACUGCUGCAUAUGGUUAAACAUAUUUUUUCAGUGGUUUCUCCUGUACAAUGAUCAUUUUUCUAUGUAUUCUGUCCACCAGUACCCCACAACUAUAUAACCUUUUCCAGUUGCAUUUAAUAGGCAACAUAGAAAGUAAGAAUUGUAACUGCUGUGUGGUGCAAUGUUAAUUCAUUUUAAAGUAGUUACGUCAUUCUUCAAGUACUGAACCAUGGUGCAGUGGAAGUGUCAAUCAUUAAGUCCUUUACAGCUCCCUCAUUCAUUUCUGCUUCAGUGGUCUUCAGAAUUAUCUUGUUUUUUGCAGUCAUUUUAUGCUUCAUGCUUGCCAAUACAAAUAUGAGAGCUUGAAAUUCUUUGGAAAGGUUUGGACUAGAAUAUGAUCAGUACAUGUCAGUGUUUACUGUCUGCAUUUUUGUUAGGACCUCAGCACUAAUUAUGUAACUAGGCAGACUCAAUGUAUGCCAUCAUACACACUUUCUAAAUUGUAUUUUUUUUUUCAGGAUCCUGACUGUGAUCAUUCAGUCAGGAACCCCUCAAUCAGCUCUGUAAUAUUUAAUUGCAGAUUGAGCAGCAGAAUUAAGUUUCUAAACGUACACUGUCUGGGGUUGGGAUAGCUACAUUAUAGAGAUGGUGUAUCGUUCCAAAAAUCCUAGCUACAUCCCUGCUCCAUACCUUUUUGAUUAUUAUACAGCUGUUUCAGUCAGGUUACUUGCCUAUUUUGUCAGAUGUGUUAUCGCUGCAAAAUGGAUACUGCGUCAGAUCAUUCACUUAGGUGUUUUUUUUCCCUAAUAAAACUUUAAAUUGAUUAUUUUUCUGUAAACUCUGGCUUUAGACAGUUGGCAAAUAGUUAUUUUUUCAUGACAGCCUUUCUAAAGUUUCCUUAUAGGUAUUCUUUAUUCUACAUGUGACGACCAAUAGCGGUGACUAGUUUUGUAGUCCAUUUGUGAUGGAUACUUGUUUUUGUAGUAAUGUAUCAGUAUGUCUACUUUCUUGUAGCUAUGUUGCAUUGUAGCCACAUGUAAAGCAGCUAAAACAAAUACUGGGCUCAGUUACAAAUGACAUACAAUGUUUUUUUGUAAUAUGCAGUGUGAAAUACAUUUAAAAUUUUGCCAGUUGCUUUGCUGUAUAGUCUAAGCAUGUAACCCAACUCUUCAUACUGCUUAUUGCAUCUGAGAUUACAAUAAAUACAGACAAAGUAAUUUGAGAUGAAACCAUGGGAAUUAUUUUCAUCAUGUAUAUAUAUAGAUUGUAAAGCAGCUUCACUUCUGUUUUACAUAAAAUUAAGAUUUUUGUUAACCAAUAGUACAGAUUAUUCUGAAAAGAAAAAGAAUGUAGACAAUCCUUCUGUCAAUAGCAGGAUCAUGGCUUUGAAUGGAAAUGAUAAAAAAACAAAUACCAUAUUGCUUAAGUAUUUUCAUGAUUAUGUUUAGUUUACAGACAUAGUUUAGACAGUAAAAUUUGCCCACUUGUUGGAGUUAAGUUGUGAGCAUUAUGUUUAUGAUGGUUACCAGAUAGUUUUAAAACAGAUGUUUUGUAAAAAGACUUCUGAGGUAAAGGGUAAUCAAAUGCUGUCUGAGGCAGGGACGAUUAAGUAUGUCAGACUGUCAUACUUACUUGGACUUAAAUGCAUUAUUUCUUCUGCUUAGCAGUGGUCAGGGGGCAAUACAGAGACUGUAUUGGAGAGAGAGCUUAACAUCACCACUUGUCAUUAAUGUCUUUGCCUGUUUCUGCAUGUUUACAGGUCUUUGGUCUUGGCAAUUUAUAGGGCUUAAAGUGUUCUUGAAAUGUUUUUUUCUUGGAUUUUGAAGCUGUUAACCUGACAAGCCCUACAGCAUCUGAUGUAGUGCUGACAUCUGUUUUUUCCCCCCAUUGAACAGAAAGUCAGGUCUAGUAGGGUAAGGGGAGACUUAGCCCAGAGGUGCCAGUGGAGGGGAGGAUAGGCCAGUAAAUCACUGACUAGUCAUGUGGGGCAAGAGGCUAUCUGCUUUGUGCUUGCAAGUUUCUGAAGUGUAUUUAAAUAGACUGCAUUAAGCUUGUGUCCUCUUACUUUGCCAGUAACUCUGAUCAUUACCCACUGCAUGUAAUGCAGAACACUGCCAACAUUUUUUUUCAUUACAAGUAGGUGAGGGUGAUGCAAACCAUUAGAAUUCACAUCAGUUGAAUUUGGUGGUAAGACUCCUCAAUUAACCAAACUUACAAAAACUGCACUGCUUGCACUUCAUUCUAAUUGUUGUAUCCAGCCUCAAACAGUAUUGAUGUAUGCAUACAAUGAAUGUAAAACUUGUUUUAUUAGUUUGGAAAGAAUUUCAUUUGAAAUGCAGUACAGAAAUAAGUAUUUUGAUUUGUAGUACAGUUUGUUUAUGGAGUAAUGUCAACAGUAGUUGAAAGCUGUUUAAAACAAUGUACAGUAUGAAUAUUAACACUCCCAUUUAUAAAAUUAAAUGCACAAAUACUGUGUUAAGCUAAAAUAACCUCUUGUACAUCUGAUCACCUGUAGGUUCAUGCCAAGAAAUAUUACUUUGUAGAAGUAAAAUAGACUUAAGUGCAUUUUUGUUUUAUGGAAUGCCUCUUACAGCCCAGUGGAAGUGUCGCUGUUUUCACUACUGCACAUUUUGUAAGCACCUGAAGUACUUAAAAAAGUUUCAAGUACUUUGAUGAUUGGCACUUAAGAGUAAAAUACAGGUGUAAACUAAUGUAUUUGUAAUAAAUAUCCUGUAAAUUUAUUAAUAGAAUGUCCUUGUAUGCUGCUGUUGACCAGCUGAAAUUGCAGUUCGAAUCCAUUAGUGUAAAUAUUUCUGCAGUGCACUAUUCUUUUUAUUUGUUUCUGCUGUGCUGUAUUUUUGUAUGUUUGUACAUUUUAAAAGCAUACACUAUAUUCAUCUUUAAACAAGCUAAAAAUCACUUAAAUAUGAAAGUGUUCAUGGGUAGUAUACAUCUUAUUUUUCAGGUGUACUUAAUUUGAAAGUGACAGUGAAUAUGGGCAAAUAACAGCCAUUGACUUUUUACAAUGUAAGAUCCUCAGAGCAAAAAUGCAGUAAAAAAGUAGAGGUUUCCCCUGGAAGGCCUUUAACAGUAAUAUGAAGUAUCAAAGAACUUUAAAACAUGCACAUAUUCCUGCAGUGUGUUAUUGGAAUGUGACUUUUUUAUUUGCAGCUUUCGUUAUCCUUUGUUUUUAUUCUUAGUUUACUCAAAUCAUGUGCUUAGCUUCCUUUGAAGUGUCUUUCAGACACAUUGCACACUAGUUAAUGGUAUCCCACAGGAGAAUAGUAGAUAAAUGUUGGCAUUCUUACUCUGUAGUACACACUAUUGAAUUAGACUAGGUACCACCUAUCAUCUCUUACCAGUUUAUUUAACAUACGGAAGAGUUUGUGCACAUCUGUGUUCACAAACAUUUUUAAUUUUUUUCUCUGUGCUACCUUUCCAGCAGUAGAUUCCCAGUGCUUCAAUUGUAAUUGAAUUAUAGCAAAAGUGCUGAAUUUGUAAAGCCUGUGGGAUGGCUAAAUGAUGUAAUUCUUGAGUUAAUUUAUAGAUCAUCUUAAGAAUUGUUUCCCCAAAGAAGACUGCAGUUUUGUAUUGUCUUCUCACAUAGAAUUGUGUUUUAGAUAUGUCCACUAAACGUUAUUCUGAAUUGAUCACUACCAGUCCAUCAGUGGCAGUGAGCAUUUGCCUUCCAGCAUACCACUUUAGGAAAUCCAACAUAUCAUUUUGGAUAACUUGUUUGAAUUCUUGGUAUUCUUCCACUCUGAGGAACAUGUUUAGAAAUCCAGACUACAUGCUGUUAAAUAAUGUUUUAGAAAUACCUUAGAAUACUAAUUUAUACAUAUGAAAACAUUUAUGUUAAAAGAAAUGAAAAAAUAAAAUAGUUGCAAAUUCAGUACGGUAAUUGUAUUCCAGACUUGCAACAAAUAUAUUUUUUUCAUCAAGGAAAAGCUUAAACUGUACUUCAAGAAGUUAUAUUAAAAUGUGUAAAUACUGUUAUUAAACAAGUUCAAGUCACUAUUAAUGCAAAUAUGUAAAUACUGCGUUAUUUUUUACAUUUAAAUGUUAUGUUGCAUGGGUCUUUAUUUGUAAUACAUCUGUCUUCCAGAAAUUUGUCAGUACAUUUCUGCUAUGUGACCUUUCAUCAUUGUAUUACUGCUAUUAAAGAAUGCAGUUGUUUUAAACUGUAA